AUGGAUGGGCAGGCUACUGGCAAGUGGCGCGGCACGGCGAGCGGGGUGGUGAGCGCGCCCGUGGACCGCGUGUGGGAGCUGGUGUCCGCCACGUCUCGGCUGCGCGAGUGGAUGCCCAUGGUGGAGUCGUGCACCACGGUGUCCGGGGACGAGGGCGUGCCGGGCUACGUGCGCCUCGUGCGCGGCGGCCUCAUGUUCACCCAGCACCUGCAGCAGGCGUCGUCGUCGUGGGUCAGGGAGAGGCAGCGGCGGAUGUCGGAAAAAUUUUAAGGGGCCGUAAAAAAUACAAUAACUACUCGAUUUUAAGUCUUAACCCUGUCUAUACUAUAGAAUUUUACCUAAAAAUUCGUGGGGGGGCUCGAAGAGGCUCCAGGCUCCGGUAUCGGUACGCCCGUUGAAUCCACCGCCGAGAGGCCGGUGGCCAUGGACCACGCCACCCGCUCCUACACCUACCUCAUGGAGGACGGCAACGUCGGCCUCGCCGGCUCCCGCAACACCAUCAGCCUCUUCGACUACGGCGGCGCAACGCUGGUGGUGUGGAGUUUCUGA